GCCCGCUCCCGAGCUUCUGUCAGGGGAGCCGGGCGUGCGGAGGCGGCUGAGGAGGCGGGAAGGCGGCAGUGGUUGAAGGGGUGAUUGCUGACUAGCGGGGAGGGAGUGGGCAGCGAUGGUGAUGGCGGCGAAGAAGGGCCCGGGCCCGGGCGGCGGGGUCAGCGGGGGCAAGGCGGAGGCGGAGGCGGCCUCGGAGGUGUGGUGCCGUCGGGUGCGGGAGCUGGGUGGCUGCAGCCAGGCCGGGAACCGCCACUGCUUCGAGUGCGCCCAGCGCGGGGUCACCUACGUGGAUAUCACCGUGGGCAGCUUCGUGUGCACCACCUGCUCCGGCCUCCUGAGAGGGCUGAACCCCCCUCAUCGUGUCAAGUCAAUCUCCAUGACAACUUUCACUGAGCCUGAAGUAGUAUUCCUGCAAUCCCGUGGAAAUGAGGUUUGCCGGAAGAUUUGGCUGGGUCUGUUUGAUGCUCGGACAUCUUUAGUACCAGAUUCCAGGGAUCCUCAGAAAGUGAAGGAGUUUCUCCAGGAAAAAUAUGAGAAGAAGAGAUGGUAUGUCCCCCCAGACCAAGUCAAGGGGCCCACUUAUACCAAAGGCAGUGCCUCCACCCCUGUGCAGGGCUCCAUCCCAGAAGGGAAGCCCCUUCGGACACUUCUGGGUGAUCCUGCACCGUCUCUCUCAGUUGCUGCCUCCACCUCGAGCCAGCCCGUCAGUCAGUCUCACGCUCGGACAUCCCAGGCCCGGAGCACUCAGCCACCUCCCCACUCCUCUGUCAAAAAAGCCAGUACUGACCUGCUGGCUGACAUCGGUGGAGACCCCUUUGCCGCACCCCAGAUGGCACCAGCUUUUGCUGCAUUCCCUGCCUUUGGGGGCCAGGCACCUUCCCACGGAGGCUUUGCCAACUUUGAUGCCUUUAGCAGUGGCCCCAGCUCUUCUGUGUUUGGAAGCCUCCCUCCAGCUGGUCAAGCCACGUUCCAGGCCCAGCCAACUCCUGCAGCCAGUCGGAUGCUAACUGAAAGUUACAGCUUUGGGAGCAGCCAGGGGACUCCAUUUGGUGCCGCUCCCCUGGUACCCGCCAGUCAGCCAAACAGCCUCGCAGACGUGAGCAGCUUCCUGGGACCUGGGGUGCCUGCUGCAGGUGUUCCUAGCAGCCUCUUCGGGAUGGCUGGCCAGGUCCCCCCGCUCCAGUCUGUCACGACGGGCGGCAGCAGCAGCACAGGGCUGGCCUUUGGAGCCUUCACCAACCCUUUCGCAGCUCCCUCCGCCCAGCCCCCGCUGCCUUCCACCAACCCGUUCCAGCCCAACGGCUUGGCGCCAGGGCCCGGCUUUGGGAUGGGCAGUGCUGGGCCUGGCUUCCCCCAGGCAGUGCCACCCACCGGGGCCUUUGCCAGCUCCUUCCCAGCACCGCUGUUCCCGCCGCAGACCCCGCUGGCUCAGCAGCAGAAUGGCUCUUCUUUCGGGGACUUAGGAUCAGCCAAGUUGGGGCAGAGGCCACUGAGCCAGCCAGCUGGGAUCUCCACCAACCCCUUCAUGACUGGACCCUCAUCAAGCCCAUUCGCCUCCAAGCCUCCAACCACUAACCCCUUCUUGUAGCACUGUGUUUUUGGGGGGCCUCUUCCCUGCCUUCUGGGGCCCCUCUGCUCCCUAGAGCUCUGGUGACCACUUGCCUGUGGGCAUUUCUAUGGGCCUUGGGGAUGGUGGAGGUGCUAAUGCUUUGCUUGGGGCCUACAGGUGAAAGGUGGCUGCCCUCAGAUUCCACAAAGCCUCUGCUCCCCUCCCUCGUCCCACCCCCACCCAGGCAGGAAGCCCAGGAGGAGUGCGGGCAGGGCCUGACCUGGAGGAGUGAUGGUUGAGGGGGAGGGAUUUUUUUCAAAUGAUCAGUUCCCUGUGGAACAGCUCUUCCCUGGGCCUAGCUCGCCAGCGCUGUGCUCCUCGUGGACGGGAGCACAGUGGGGAAGGUAGGGGAAAGAUGAGGCACAGUGUUGACGGGGCAGUGACCAGACAGUCCUGAGACCCAGAAGGCCCAGGUGGCCCAAGUGCUCUUGGUGGCCCAGCUUGGCCAGCACACACUUCCCUCCUGUGGCAACCCCUGCUGAAGGGGUCCCCCAUUGUUUUGCUUCCCCAGCGCCCAGGAUGAGCGGUUUACCAUCAAGCUCACCCGGGUCCGGCUCCUGUCAAGCACUUUAGUUAGCCGUUGGUGUCAUGUUUGGAUACCAGUGUUUUAUAUUUAUACAUAGAGAGGAUUUUCUAAUAUAGCCUAUUAUAUAUAAAUAGAUCUAUCUAUAUGCACAUACAUACAUAUAUACACACACCCAGCCGAUCUCCCGCUCCCAGACUGCUCUUGUAUGUGGGGAAUGGGAUGAAUCCCCAUCUGUGCCUCGACCAUCAAAGCCGGAGCUCCAGGGCUGGAGGGGGGCAGCCAUGUGUCCUGACCCCCACCAUCCCCAGAGCCUGGGUUUUCCAGGGAAAGGCUUUGUGCAAUUGCCUGGUCUUUUUUUUUUUUUUUUUUCUCCAUGUGCCUCCCUGUCCCCAAAUCUCUGCACCAAAGCUCAUUGCAGGCAAUGUUGGAAAAGAACUGCAUUUGAACGAAAGAGAAAACGGCACUUGUGGUUUUGCUUCAGGCCACUUUGAGGGGUUGCAGCUCAGUCAACAUGACUGAUCCUUGAUCUGGCUCUGUUGGGCUGGACUGCCUGGGCCAGUGAUAAUGCUGCCAUUGGCCAGAGACAGGGCAGAGCCCGUCCCUGUCUGAACAAGAGUCCCGCAUUAGCAACGAGAAGAAGCGUGGCGGGAGAGGGGCCGCCACUGCCAGGGACUGCAGUUUGUUGGAUGCGAGGGGAAUGCCCACUGGGGCCAGGGUGGGCAAAGGAGAGGUUGGUGCCAAUGUGGUGCUGGAAGUAGGCCCCUCCUGGGUCUGGAACAUUCUCUGCCCCAGGCUCUUUCCACCUGGGGAUGUUGUGGCAACAGCCGUGGUGUCUGGGCUAUUUGUGUGGUGACAAGACAGACCUGGUCAGGGGGCGGGUGGCAAACACCUCACCUGGCUGGGAAAAGGCCACUUUGCUAUUUGGCCCAAGGCCAGGUGAGGCCCCCCUUUCCACCUUUGCUCUGGCCCCGUGGCCAUUCAUUCUUGGGGUUUGUCUGGGUCUUCCACAGAGAGCAGCAAAGAGAUAUGGGAAUUGGGUGAUCAGUGUAUUUACUUUGCAGAUUUUUCUGGAAAUAACCUCUAGCUGCUGCUAUUUGCAAGGCUGGGAUUGGCCUCCCUGUCUUUUCCAAGAAUCAGGAUCCAUCCUGUCUGUUCCUGUUCUUCUCCCAGCCUCUGCCCUCCUUCUGUCUCCUGGGUGGUCUCCUGCUUCGCUCCCUGGCCUUUGCAUGUUCCAUCUCUUCUCUUUCUCCCCUCUUCACCACCCUAGAUUAUCUCUGUGUCCCUCUACCUAAUUCUCUUACCAGUUCUUUCCUUUCCGCUUAGAGCCGGAGGGAGGGAAGCUGGAAUCUGUUAUGGUGUAUUAGGGGGAGGAGCCUUUCUGUUAUUUCCCCCCAGCUUCCAUCACCCUUCCCUUAACGCCAGGAGCGCCGAGGUUUGGAACUGAGGCUAAACUGAAGGGCUUUCCCCUGCUUCUGUCACCCUGUGCUGUCUCCCGGCAUCUCCUCUCUAUCUGGGUCCAGGCCCGGGUCCUCCCUGCAGACUCCCUCCCCUCCAGCCCACAAGGACUCCAGCCUGCUGGCUGGUGAGGGCUGGAUGAGCAGUAAGAAGUUAACGCCAGGUCAGCCUCGGGCCCCAGGGUUCCCUGGGCACAGGCUGACACUAGGAGCUGCCCUCCUUGGCCGGAGACAGCCCCAGCAGCUCAGGCUCCAGCCCUCCAAUGAGCCACCUCUCCUGGAGAGUAGCAAAGAAUGGAGAAAGACCUGGCUUGAGAGGAAAUGGAGAAAACAUUGCCUGGUAGCUGCAGAUAUAAACCCACUGCACACACCACAGGGCUAGAGUGACUCACCUGGGCUCACACCAACUUCUGGCCAAUGCGGGGACCAUGCUCUGCAGACAGCAGUCGUCUAGCAUGGCCCUGGCAUUCAGCCAGUCGGUCACCUGUGGGCUAUCCCCAUGUGUGAGGAAGCAGGAGUCAGCCCCCAAGUGUCUCCACAUUGGAGCUUGCGGGUCAGACCUGCAGGCCAGGAGAUGGGAGCGGGGCUGAGGGUAGGGGCUGAAUGUGUGGCUCUGUCUCUCUGUUGCCUUCCACAGAGGAGCAAGGCCUCGGGCUGAGGAAGGAGGGGCAUGCUGGAACAGCCUAAUCUCCCCGUGGAUUCCUCCAAACCCAUAACAUUCUUCCAUAGGGGCUGAGAAUGCAGUGCCCCAUCCCUGACAGGGAUGAAAAGUGGACCCCUCAGGUCGGGAGAGGCAGAGCUGAGGUUCUGCCACUUCCUGUCCCUGGGGAGCCACUCAAGUUACCAGGGCUACCGGCUGAAAUAAAUCUUUUCGGGGUAGGGCCAAGGGCAGUGUGUUGCCAAGGCAACUGAUGUAGGCCAGUUGCGUGACUCCAGGCUUGUUCUGGUACUCAGUGGGUCCAAUCACCUGGCAUUGAUCAGCACCCACCCCACCCCUGAGGCUUGCCCAGCCCCCAGGCCCUCAGAUCCCUGCUCUUCCUGCCUUUCCUGCCCAUGCAUCACCCAGCACCCAAGGUUCAGUGACAGGGUGGUUUGGAGCUGGUCACUGUCAUAGCAGCUGUGAUUUCACAAGGAAGGGAGCUGCAGGGGGACCUGGUUGAUGGGGAGUGGGAAGGGGAAGGUAUAAAGAGAUCUUCCUCGGGUAUCUUCAAGCCUCAGGGAGUAAAAAAGUCUCCUGGGCCCGGAGUACAGCAGGGACAGGGGUCCUUUGGUGGCCUCUUUGAGGCAGCAGCAGGACUGGGAGGGGGAGGGGUGUGCACAUGUCCUUUGUGUCCCUGCCCCUUUGCACAUGGUGCCUGUAUCAAGGCCCUUGGCCACGUGGGGCUAUGGCCUUGAACACAGUCCAGUUUUGUUGGCCACUUAUGGAGCCAUCGCCUCUCUGUGGUCAACACCCAACACUGGGCAGUUGCUGAGCCCUGCCCCACGGCCCCCCCCCCCGCCCCACACCACACCACCUGUGCUUUGAGCCUCUCCUGCACCCCAGUGGGGCUUCGGCUUACCAGAGGUCACCUGGAGCAGGCCCUGGGUCCCACCUGCCUGCUGGCUGGGUGCUGGUUGGUUCCCUGCAUCUCCCUCUCAAUGUGACCUUGGAAUAGGUGUGUGAGAACCCCAGCUCCAUGCACACGGCACUUGCCUCCCAUAUUCCCACUCACGUGGGACCCCUUCCCCAGGAAGCAGGAAGUGUGGCGGGAAGCACUGCCCACCCUGCUCAGGCUGCCCUGGCCCUUGGACUAGGUCUGGGUCCUUGCUUCUGUUCUCUUGUUCUGUCUUUGUCAUAUCUUGUUCCUUCCCUGAGGGAGCUCCUCCCUGAAUGCCAUCUUUAUGGGGGCUGCAUGUUGGCCUCUCCUCCCUGACCCUCGGCUUUCCCCUUUAGGCACCUUACUUGCCUUGGGUGAUAUCUCAGGGUCCUCUAAGGUCCCACCAGGUGUCACCUGCUGGUUUGUCUGGUGCACCUUCACCCCCAUCCCCCUGCGGGGUCAGUGGUCCUUGGAUCAGAACUGAGUGCAAAAAUGUCCAAUCCCCAGCCCAAUCGCAAUUUUUUCAAGAAGCAAAGGGUACCCCCACCAGGAAGUCCACACGUCCAUGGUCAGAGCCUUCAGGUGGUCCCGGGGUGGUAUUUUGGGCAGUGGUGGCAAGGAGGGGCCCAGAGCAAUGGGGCAGCCCGAGGGGGUCUUCUUGAGAGAUGGCCUCUUCCUCCGAGGUCUCCUUCAGUGGCCACUUGCCUGGGUUCCCGCAGGUAUGGUCUGUGCACAGGGACUACUCCCUGAGCUUACUUAUCCCAAGUCACCUAUCACCCCAAACUCUCAAGAAACUGAAUCUCCAGCUCAGAAAUAAUCCAGUGCAGUGCUCAGUGGCGGUGGCUCUUUUGGUUACUUGGAAGGGCACAAAACCACUCCUGGUUGGGAGGGGGUACACACAAGAAGGACACCUACAGGCCGAGGGGGGAGUGGCAGGAGCCAGCAGGGUGCAUGGAGGCCCCGUUCCAACGCCCUCUAAUCGCCAGCACCACCACCGCUGCCACAAGUCUGAUCACUAGCCUCACACCGAGGCUUUCUCGGUUGCCCGGACGACGUGUCCGGACCGCAGUCAGCUGAUCGGUAGAGACGCCCCCACGCUCUCUGCCCCAUAAAGGCUCAGUCUUGGGGUCGAGGCCGCCUCUCUUGGACUUCCCUACUCAAACUCCAGUUUCCGGGCGACAUGAGGAUUAGUCUCGUGGGGUGAGGAUUCCGGAGCGGUAGGCGGAGGGAGGGAGGGAGGCAGGUAGUGGGGAGCCCAGGCCAGGGGCAACAGUCACCGGGACACUCGCUGUGCCCAGUCCUUGCUCCAAACUUCCAGUCGGGAGCCCGGGAGAGACGCUGGGCAUCAAGACGGGUGGCAGCCUGCCCGGCCGCUGCUCCCGGCCCGCCGAGUUCGCCACCUCACCCCCACCCCUGCUGGCCUCUCCCCGUGCUCAAGACAUGAGUCCCAGCCGUCUCUGCCUCUCCUGCAGCCACUUUAUUGCCUUCGGCCCUGAAUGAAGCCCACAGGCGGCGGCCCCGGGGAGAGCCGGCAAUGGCCGUCGUGCCCCUCAGCCAGCCGCUGCCCUGGGCCUGCCCUGCCGACGUGCGGCUCUGCGGCCACCUGCGCGCAGACCCGCCGCGUCCCGAGUGUUCCCAGAGCGAGAAGUUUCGCGCGUGCCGAGCGCGGCCCCAGCGCAGCCUGAGCCUGGCGGGCGCGUGCACCACCAGCAAGUGCGCAGACGCGCGCCAGCACCACCUGAUCGCCCUCUACACCCGCGACAGCAGCCUGCGCGUGGCGGCGGCAGGCGAGGCGGAGCAGCAGGCGUGAUACAACGCCCUGCUCGAGGAGCGCGGUGCCGCCGGCGAAGCCCGAGCCCCGGGCUUCCGGGGGCCCCGGGGGCUUCUGGCUGUGGUUUAUCCGUGGCUCGCCCCUCCCCCAGGUCGCCGAAAGUUCAAACAUUAAAGGGUUUACAGGUUUAGAGUUCUCCCGGCACAGGCCGGGCGCGGUGGUUCACUCCUGUAAUCCCAUUACUUUGGGAGGCCAACGGGGGCGUAUCGCGUGAGGUCAGGAGUUCGAGACCAGCCUGGCCAACAUGGUGAAACCCCAUCUCUACUAAAAAUACAAAAA